AGUCUCCAUUGUAAUAAAAAGAAUAAAAAGGAGUGUGCUAAAUCUUGUAUAAAAUCUCUUAUCCUAAUUCGGAAACACACGAUCCCAUUAUGAUCAAUCAAGAAUUUGAAGUCGGGUUUUUGUUUUUCUUUCUUUCGGGAUUGAAUCGACCGCUCUGCCUUCUUUCUUCGUUUCAAAACAAAUCACCACCCAAUUACAGACAAUUGCACCAUUUUUCAGUCGAAAAAAGCAGUCGAGUUCCGUAAAAGCUCCGGCCUACUUCCGGCGACGCUCCGACUCCGACGCACGCUGCUUCUCAGCCUCACUAUAGUUCAAGCUUCGAGCAGGAGCAACCAUGGAGGAGGAGCCUCAGAACGGUAACACGAUCGCGGCGGAGAGUGAGGGGGAGCCGAUAGUCGGGCCUGGCCCAGCCCCUCGAGCUCAGCCCAAGCGCCCUCUUCAGUUCGAGCAGGCUUACCUCGACUCCCUCCCUUCCGCUCUUAUGUAUGAAAAGAGUUAUAUGCACCGAGACGCGGUUACUCAUGUUGCUGUGUCGGCGGCCGAAUUUGUCAUCACUGGAAGUGUUGACGGACAUUUGAAGUUUUGGAAGAAAAAGCCCAUCGGCAUUGAAUUUGCGAAGCAUUUUAGGUCCCACCUUGGUCCCAUUGAAGGCCUAGCUGUUAGUGCUGAUGGUUUGCUUUGCUGUACAAUUUCAAAUGAUCCCUCUGUGAAGAUAUAUGAUGUUGUCAACUAUGAUAUGAUGGCCAUGAUUCACACAUCCUUUGUUCCUGGUGCUGUUGAGUGGGUCUACAAACAAGGGGAUGUCAAAGCCAGGCUUGCCAUCAGUGAUAGAAACUCAUCAUCUGUACGUACACAUUUAUGAUGCACGGGCUGGCGCAAAUGAACCUUUAAUCUCCAAAAAGGUAUGCUGCAACUAAUGAAGGUUUCAUUUUGUUGAAGCAUAAAUAUUCAGACUUUUUCUCCUUGAAGGUAUUUCAUCUAGAAGGGGCAUGGUGUUUAUCCAAAAGGAAGUACAAAACUCCUAAAGAAAACAACAAAAAAAGACUGCUGCGUUGUUAGAAAAAAAGACCCCAAGCUUGGAUACACUUCUUCUUGCAUGGGGACUUACUGACCAUGCAAUUCAAAAGUGAUUAAGUCAUUUAAAAGUUUCAAAAAAAACAAAGCCUUGGAUUAUCUAUAAGGUGAUCAGCCCUACGGGAAUUAAUAUGCAGUUUCAAAUACAUGCAAAAGAGUGAUAUUAGUUCCCUAGUUACUUCAGGCAAUCAAAUUUCUCAUGCUUCACGUGGAAUUCAAAUUUCAAAACAAGAGUUUUAGAUACUCUUCACCUCCUACAGACGAAAGAUCUGGUCAAGGCAAAUGAGGUUUGAAUUAACAAAACCCACCAGAGGCUUCAAACGUGGAAGUUGGUUGCUGCAAAAAUCAUUUCAAUUCAAAUUCACGGAUGCGAUUAUAACCUCAAUUUGAAUUUGAAUUUGAAUUGAUAACAAUUCUAAUCUCAGCUGAUCCGGUGUUGCCUAUAAAAAGGCACAUUCUCUACAUCAAACGGAGGGCAGCAGAAAAGGCUAGAGAGCAGAAGUAAGAAAAAACGAGAGAGGCAAAAGCUUUGCAACAAUAGGAAGCAAGGCCAGUAGCAGCGAGACAUCAGAGAGGGAAAGAGCAAUUGAGAAACAGAGCGAGAUUCAACCGGAGCCGAAUCAUUGCAACCUUUCUCUAGGACAUUGCAAUGGAAGAAGAAGCUCCAAAUAAAUGACAGGUAUAUGACCAAUUGAUUACUUGUCACCUGAAAUCACUGAUCUUUUCUUUUAUGGUACAGACGAAAGAAAGAGGUGUUUCUCCUAUGUUCUGCUCUCUUCAGCAAUCAUGUCUUCCGCUACUUUCGUCCUCAUAAACUUUUCCAUUAAUCAACAUGUUCUGGGCAAAACAAAAGUUCGACACCAAGUCUUCAUUCUCCGCGGCGGUGUCUUCCAUACUCGCUUCGUUUCUUGAUGCCUAUAUGCGGUGUGUCUUGUAUAUAGGUGGCAAAAGCGAAGUGAGCUGCUCACGGUCUGACAACAAGGGGAAUACGGAGACGUCAAAAAGAAAGACCUACAUUGUGGCUCCCCGGAUUGCGACCAUUCAAGAGGCAUAAACCACACGAGCAACAUGGUGAUCUGUACAGCUCAGAGGCCUAAUGGUCGAUGAUCAGCCACGACAAAUUUGGUGUGACUCUCCGGUAUCGACGGCCUACCUGCGGUUGACGUCUCUCCAAUGCAGCCAACUUCUCCCUGCUCUUGCUUCUGUUCUCUGUCACCAAGCAUUCGCUCCAGGCAUAAAGCCGAGAUUGGAGGAAACAUACAUUCUCCAAAAAUACAAACUUUGCAACCCAGGUCUUCAAAAUGGAGGAAAUCAAAUUGUUGGAUCAAUCUGCUGUAAGAUUCAGUGGACUUGUCAAUGUUAGCUGAAGUUACAACAACUUGUUGCUCUUAAGUGCAGAAUAAGCAAUUGGACUUGACAUUGAUCUUUCAAUUAGGAUUCCUAGCUUAUUGAGAGAAACCUACAUAAUUGGCCAUUCCUCAAUACAUUAGGUUCAAUAAAGAAUCUGUACAUGAAUCAGGAAUAAUGUCCUAUUGCUAAUAGAUUUAGGAAAACCUUUAUGGGAAGGAGCCUAAACCAAAGCCUAUAUAUAGGACUACUUGGUCCCUGCUCUAGCUAUCAGCAAUAACCAUCAACUGAGAAUUCAUAAUCUCUGCCCAUUGGAGACUCUCACUAAAGGAUAGCUCAGAGGAGAACAAACCAAGUACACCAGCUCACAAGUUCAAACUAUUGUCUUCAACAAUGGCUGCAGCUCCAGGUAAAUUCAUGUAUUCUUAUAUUGAGCACAAUGAUCAUAUAUAUGCAUACGUUCAGUUUUACACUUAUAUCUGCUAGUUGAGAAGACAUUGCCGUUGCAUACAAAGUGAGGGAAAAAGAAAAGAAAAGCUCGUGCACAGAGGAGAAGUCAGCAAACAUGUGGAAGAGCAAGCUUCAAAGCUCCCUCAAACUACUGUCAAUUGUGAAGCUUCAUCAAAAUGUUUGCUUUCAAAGAUAAAGAGAAAAUAAAGUAGUUCAUUCCUACAAAGGUGUCAUACAAAGGCUCUCACAAUCAUUUGCUUCAAAAGCUGCUCCACCGCUUCAAAAUGUCAUACAAAUGUGAAUAAAAAAUUAUGAUACACAUGUGAGAUAUGCUACUGGGACUAUAUGGUGUUUGUCUUUGUGCACGUGUUUUCCUCCUUCACAAAAGAAUGAUUCUGAAGCAAACCAAA